CGGGAAGAGGGGAUCUGGGCGAUCCCAGGCCAAGACCACCUCCGAAUUACGGACGACUUGUUCCCCGGCUCCGAGCGUCAGAGCCGGAGAUCAGUCGAUCUCUGAGAGAAAGAAGACGACCUCCCUGGUGUCUGUGUGCCCGCGACGUGCCUCCCCCUUCAAGUUCCCACUUGGUAGCACCUUCCUGAUCCCCUUAUCUCUAAGGCGCUCAAGCAAAUGCCCCCCUGCUGGAGCCUUCUGGGAAAUGCUGCCCUGGCCGCCCAGGAACCAUGAGCCCUGCAGCCCCGGUUCCGCCUGACUCCGCCCUGGAAAGUCCUUUUGAAGAAAUGGCCCUGGUGAGGGGCGGCUGGCUGUGGAGACAGAGCUCCAUCCUCCGCCGCUGGAAGCGGAACUGGUUUGCCCUGUGGCUGGAUGGGACCCUGGGCUACUACCACGAUGAGACCGCGCAAGACGAGGAGGACCGAGUACUCAUCCACUUCAAUGUCCGUGACAUAAAGAUCGGGCAAGAGUGCCAUGAUGUGCAGCCCCCAGAGGGCCGGAGCCGAGAUGGUCUGCUGACCGUGACCCUACGGGAGGGCUCCCGCCUGCACCUGUGCGCAGAGACCCAGGAUGAUGCCAUAGCAUGGAAGACAGCACUGCUGGAGGCGAACUCCACCCCGGUGCGCGUCUACAGCCCAUACCAGGACUACUACGAGGUGGUGCCCCCCAAUGCACACGAGGCCACAUAUGUCCGCAGCUACUACGGACCGCCCUACGCAGGUCCCGGCGUGACGCACGUGAUAGUGCGGGAGGAUCCCUGCUACAGUGCGGGCGCCCCGCUGGCCAUGGGCAUGCUCGCGGGAGCCGCCACAGGCGCCGCGCUCGGCUCGCUCAUGUGGUCGCCCUGCUGGUUCUGAGCGCUGGACCCUGCGCGUACACUGCUAGACCCCUUUUCCUUCUGGACCCCACCCUCCCAUCAAUGCCCUGUCCCACUUUGGCCCUUUUCUCCCCAUUAGCUUCUUCUGGGCUUGGACCAUUCCUCCCACACCCUACCCGCCCCCCCACCCGUCUCUCCACCCCCCCCACCCCCCACCUCACACACACAAAGAAGCACAAACAUUGCUCGGAAUCCUCUCAUCUACUGCCAGACACCCAGAAGUCCUAGACAUAUGGAUAUAUUUCCUCCAAACACAUCUGGACACAGCAAACACAACUUCAUUUGGCAUCACGUUCCCCAGGCUCUGGAGACAACAUGAUUUGGGUUCUCUGCUCUCUCCUUGGGGAUCUCCAGGCCUGGUGGGAAAAAUAGGAGUAAACAAACACUUGACAAAACUGCAGAGUUACCAGUCCUUUGACAGGGACAUGUGGGAGCAGGGAGCAAGGCAGGUAGUACGGUUGGCAUGCAGAGCUGUGAACGUCAUGGCAUGUCCAGGGAAUUAAAGGAGUUCAGUUGGGAUGGGGUGGAGGCAAGGGCCAGAUCAUGGUGGGUUUCCAGGCUAAGGAGCUUGCUGGGUAAGGAGAGAUGUGAGAUUUUCAUGGAGGGAAGUUUCAUGAUUGCACCUAUAAUAUAUUGCCUGUUUUGUUAAACUGGCACAUACAAACCCAUACACCAAACACUCCCUGAAUUCAGUCCCAUCCUUCCCAUUAACAGCUUCGUGCAUCCCUGUUCUCCAUGACAGCAAUUGAGCUGAAUCUGGGGGACCCUGGUUGGAGGGCAGGUGAGCUCUGUUUGUUUUCCAGCCUUAGGAAGUUGCCUCCAUCAAGAAAUGCCUUUCUGAUCUCUGGAGCUCUGUCCUCUGUCCAUAGCUGUGACAGUCACCAUCUCAGGCUUGUCUUUUCCUUCACUCUGGAAGAGAUGGCAGUGUUCCCCUCUGGGGCCUGAUCCACCUUUGUACCAGCCUGGGAAGCCCUGUAUACCUGCCUGCAGGUGGCCCAGCAGUCUCCCCAUUUGGUCCCUCCCUUUCCAGUCUCUUCCCCCAUCCUGUCCAAAUCACCAAUGUAAAAUACUAACGCCCUGCCUAGUAGAGUAGCCCACUAAAGUUCCCCUGUAUAUGGGGGCUCCAUUGGCUCUGCUGCAGAGACUAAUAAA